AUGGGUAUAAACGCGAGCCUGAUCGGAACGAUGGUAGCCAGAGAUACGAUGAGGAGCGAGAGGCUAGAGAGCCGAGAGAUGAAGAGGAGAUGCAAUAAAAGGCACACGAGAGAUUCUGCACAAGCAAUGCAUCAGAUAAAUCCCGACCUAGAAGACAUGGAUUCGGAAGAGACGAACGGUGGAAAGAACCUUCAGACAAACUGGUUUAGUCUAAGGAAGGGUUUCAUAUGCCCUAUGACAUUGGAGUUUGUGGACAAGGGGAUGGAAGAAUGUCCAAUACUUCUGGAACGUUUUCAAGAAUGCAAGCUUGAAUUCAAUGAGGGCUUGAAGUAUGAGAUGAAAGAUUCGAAUGGAGAUAUGAAGGUCUUCAACAAGGCAACCAUCGAUGGUUGCAAACACUCAUUCUUUCCACUUGCACUGGCGAUGCAUUGGAUGAUCCACGGGAUGAGAUGCCCGUUGUGCAAGUUUGGGGAUGACAGGAAGCUCUCUGUGUCCUGCCUUCCAUUCCACUGUGCCCACAGGAUGAAGAAUCAAGUCAGGAAGAUCAGGAACGAGAUCGACGAAGAAGUCUUCGAGUCGGAUCUUCAACUCGUACAGAACAUUAGAUUCGAGGACGAUAUGAACCUCCUGGGCAACAUUUCGGGUGAGCACUUCCCUACCGCUAUCAUGCUCGAUGUCAUUCCAUUGCAGAAUUGGGAUAUCAUCAAUGAGCAUAUGCAACUAUAUGUCACCCUUCACUAUGAAAGUGAUUUGAUAUCACAGGAGCGCGUAUUGGCAACACUUGGUACACUAGGAGUUACCAGUCAAUGGAGGCUCGAACGUUCAUCAGAGGAGUCGACGACGUUCACGGUACAAGGUUGUUUAUCUUUAUGCGAAGAUACUUUGAUAAUCGACGACCCUACAUUUGGAUUUAUGAACGUUCCUCGUUCCCAGUGCCGCUUGAUGUCCAAGAUCAAUCAAACGACCAAACCUUCUUACAUCAGUUGCAGUCUGGUCUAUCAAGAUCCGAUGAUCACAUUGAACGUCUGUAAAUCGAACGAUAUCCCAGCCAAGUGCCCUGACAAUGGCACAUUGUUCUCCAGCUCGCAACUGAUCAUGGAAGAGAACGAUGAGGCCGUAUGCUGUGGAUAUCUAGAGACACAAUGGAUGCCGCUGGAGCUCUGCAACCCAUCCACUUUCGGUUAUGGCAUAUUCUAUCAAAGGGUUAUUGUGGACAAACAGGCAUUCAUUACAAGAGUGACAAGGAGUAAGAUCAUACUGUAUCUAGUUGAAAACGAGAUGCUCAUGAACGAUAACCAGUUCUAUUAG